AUAUAAAUAAAGACCUUCCCCUGCCAAGCUACAAAGAGAGUCCUUUCACGACCAAAAAUCCUCAGAAAAAAAAAAAGAAAAAAAGAGACUCUCUGUGUCUGGAAAAUUCGGAAUUAAAAUUUUGAAUUUUGAGCUUCGGGUUUAUUUUAUUUGUAUGAUCUUUUAUUAGUUUUCUGUUUAUUUUUGGUUUUAUAUCUACCUUCAUUUUCAUGGCCGUUACCAGAAGAGAAAUGGAUCGGAUCAAAGGUCCAUGGAGCCCCGAGGAGGACGAUUCUCUGCAGAAGCUGGUUCAGAAACACGGACCAAGGAAUUGGUCCUUGAUAAGCAAAUCGAUUCCUGGUCGCUCCGGCAAGUCUUGCCGGCUACGAUGGUGUAAUCAGCUCUCGCCGCAAGUUGAGCACCGAGCCUUCACUCCUGAGGAGGACGAGACCAUAAUCAGAGCUCACGCCCGUUUCGGCAACAAGUGGGCGACAAUCGCUCGCCUCCUUAACGGUCGCACCGACAACGCCAUUAAGAACCACUGGAACUCGACGCUCAAGAGGAAGUGCUCGGCUAUAAUCGACGACUGUAACCUUCACGGCGUCGUUCCGGGUGGAGGAUACGAUGGUAAUUCUCCCAACCAGCGUUUAAAGAGGUCUGUGAGUGCUGGCUCGGCUUUGCCAGUUUCAACCGGUCUUUACAUGAGCCCGAGUAGUCCUUCCGGAUCCGAUAUGAGCGAGUCGAGCGUCCCUGUUGUGUCUUCGUCUCAGGUUUUCCGUCCCGUGGCGAGAACUGGCGGCGUUCUACCUCUUGUAGAAACGACGUCGUCUUCUAACGAUCCGCCGACUUCGUUAUCUCUGUCUCUGCCUGGUGUGGAUUCCUGCGAGGUCUCAAAUAGAGUCGUGGAGUCCACUCAAAACGCUUCGAAUACGAUGACUUUGUUGCCUGCGCCGGCAACAGCAACGGCGACGGCGACCACGCCAACCUCGGCGCCGGCUGUGGUACCGAUGGCGGUUCCAGUGCAAAAGGUUCCGACAAGCAGGGGAAGCGAGUCUGAGAAUGGGGUUUUCGUGCCGUUUAGCGCAGAGCUAUUGGCGGUGAUGCAGGAGAUGAUAAAGAAGGAAGUGAGGAAUUAUAUGGCUGGGCUGGAACAGACUGGGGUUUGUUUGCCGCAACAGGCCGUUGCUGAUGCGUUUAGGAAUGUUGCGGUGAAAAGGAUUGGGAUUAGCAAGAUCGAGUAAGGGGGUUCCAAUGGAAAAAAUAAAAAAAGUAUGGAAUUGACUCCAACUCGAACAGAAUUUGGGGCUUUGAACAGAGUUAGUUUUAGUGUAAAACUAGUACCUUGUCGGGAAAGAGGGAAAAACUGGGCCUUCGUUUUUUUUUUUUCUCUGGUAAUAUUAGGAAAUAAUUUUGGUCAAUGUACAGUGGAGGCAAAAUUGAGAGAGAAAAAAAUGGCUAAGAGAGCAAAUGGAAAAUCCCGAUUGGAAUAGAAUCGGUGUGGAGUGAAAGAAAGAGGAAAGCUAUGAACAAAAGGAGUAACUUUUUUAGGAGCAGUAGAGUGGAAAAACUGGACUUUUGUCUUUCCAUUGCCUUGUUUUGAGAACCGGAAAAAGAAAAAAAAAAUCGAAGUUAAAGAAAAAAAACCGCGAAUUUUCAAUCUAAAUUAUCUCUUAUCUUAAUUUUAACA